AUGCAGAAAAGAGAGGAAAUGUGCCUGCGGGGCGAUGUGAAUGAUAACAUGGCUGAUAUCUCUGGGCCUGUGAAGUAUGACGAUUGUACUCCGACAAGAAAUGGGGAUGAGGCCAGGGAGAUGACCCCGGAGAGCCUUGCAGUUGCGAAUGAUUAUCGGCAGAAGCUUGGUAAUCCCGGCGCACUUGGGUUGCUCGCCUUUGGCACAACCACCCUCUUGGUUAAUGCAUCCACUGCGAAGCUAUUCGCGAUGAACACAACGACGGCAGGAGUUGUCAUAAUGUACGGCGGUCUCACGCAACUGAUUGCGGGCGUCAUGGAAUUUGUUCGUGGAAACACGUUUGGCUGUACAAUUUCCACUAGCUUUGGUGCCUUUUGGUUGGCGACGGCUAUGGUGUGGAUUUUACCGCAGAAGAACCCGGGCACGCCUUAUGCGUCUCUGCAAGGGGCGGAGGAUGGAUUGGUCGGUAUCAACGCCUUUUUGUGGGCACUUAUUCUUUUUAUCGGAUUUUUGUCUUCUCUUUGCGAGCCGCUUGCAGUCACUAUGGUUUUCUUUACAGGAUUCCUCUUCAUCGUGACUCAGAGCAUUGCUUUAUGGGCGAAUAGCAGCGUUAUGUUGCAGGUCGCCGGUUACGAGGGAAUGAUCUGCGGCGUCAUUGCCUUUUACUGUGGCAUUGCAAUGACGUUGAAUGAUGCCCACAAAAGAACACUGCUGCCCUUGUUCCCUCCAUGUAUUAGGAGGGUUAAGAGUUAA